AUGAAGUUCGGAAACACCCUCCUCACCAUCGCCUCUGCGAUCACUGCUGUCAACGCUGGUGGCAUCAACUGUAACGGCAGCGGUCUCUGCGUUGGCAACAAAGGACUUCUGUCCCAAGCCAUCGGUCAGCUUCGUGGUAUGAACCAGGGCAGUACCUUUAGCGACGGCCAGCACGUCACAUGUGUCAAGUCUUCCGUUACAAUCGGUGACCCAUCUCUCUGCAUCUUCUACCAAAAGACCGGCCGCCAGUGGUCCGUUGGCCAGACUGUCAACUUUGUCCAAGGCCUCCUCGAUCAUGGCUGCGCUGCUUGCGGUUCCAUUCCCGUCGAUCCUGGCAACAACGUUGACAAUGGCGAGCUGACUGCCAACAUGGUCACCAACGCCAAGCGCCAUGUCGAGGUCAAGCGUGCCCCUGAGCCCGUCUCAAAGCCUGAAGGAGCCUCGGAAAUCCUUGCCCGUAGCCUUGGCAUCAAUUGCCGUGGUAGCUCUAGCUGCGGCGUCGGCGGCAUUGCCGGUACGCCUCAUGGUACUCUCGAAGACGUCCGCAACGCUGUGGCUUCCAACCCCGAUGGCACUUGGGGCAAUGGCCAACAGAUUGCUUGUGUUGGCCUCGCCACCGGUCGUCUCUGUGCCUUUUACCAGAAUAUCGGAAACCGCCAAUUCAGCAAGAGCCAGACCGUUACCUUCCUGGACCAGCUCAUGGACCAUGGAUGCCGUGUUUGCGGCUCUAUUCCUACUGAUAGCGGCAACAACGUCGACAACGGCGAGCUCACCGUCAACUUCGUCGCUUAA